GAGAUGGAAAAACACACACCCCUUUAAUGAAUUUUAAAAUCUUCCCGGUGAGACUUCCUGGUAAAUAUAAGUGGUUAUUCUAGUUGUUCAACAACUUGUGGAGUAGUAGUAGGAACUCGGUCCGCAAAAGGGGGAAAGCUACAGUGCAGUUAUAAGAAACAAAGGACGAAACUGUCAAUUUACUGUUACAGAUUUUACUUAAAGAAAAUAAAAUUACCUUUUUAUGGAACUUAAGGUAACGUAUUCCUAACUUUCGCUUUAAUGUACCGAAGAAGUUGAAGAAAGGAGCGUCCUUUGGGGAGCGCAUAAACUGGAGGAGGCCGGGUAAUCUCAGUCGGAAAGGACGGGAAGGUCCCUCAAGUCCGAUUCCUGUUUAUUUGCGUUAAGACAGAAGGGGAACGAUCCACGUCGUUCUGUGCUGUGCACACCCUGUCUGAGCCGUACGUAGCUGCAGGUCGGGUGACGCUACGAAUCCCCGCUGCCGUGCGGAGCCAUAUUGUUGGGGCACUCGGGAGUGCGGGUGAGCUCGUGUCCGUGAGGGGAAAGCUCGAGACAGCCGGCGUGAGGGAGGAGGGCUAGCCGCCACCGAGCUGCGCGAGCACCGGCGAAAGUUAGCCACACGGACGCUAUCGGCCACCGGCGAAGGUGACAGAAGGAUGGUUGACCGCCUAGCUAACAGUGAGGCCAACUCUAAGCGCAUUGCGGUGGUGGAGGGGUGCUUUGGGGCGGCAGGUCAGCCGUUGGCCAUCCCAGGACGGGUCCUCAUCGGAGAGGGUGUGUUAACCAAACUGUGCCGUAAGAAGCCCAAGGCCCGUCAGUUCUUCCUCUUCAACGACAUCCUUGUUUAUGGCAAUAUAGUCAUUCAGAAGAAGAAGUACAACAAGCAACAUAUUAUCCCACUGGAGAGCGUCACCAUAGACACGGUGGAGGACGAAGGGGACCUGCGCAACGGCUGGCUCAUCAAGACGCCCACCAAGUCCUUUGCGGUCUACGCUGCCACUGCCACAGAGAAGUCGGAGUGGAUGAACCACAUCAACAAGUGCGUGUCAGACCUUUUAGAGAAGAGCGGGAAGUUGCCCAGCAGUGAGCAUGCUGCAGUCUGGGUCCCUGACUCUGAGGCAUCUGUCUGCAUGCGCUGCCAGAAGAUUAAGUUCACGCCGGUGAGCCGGAGGCACCACUGCAGAAAGUGCGGCUUCGUGGUGUGCGGCCAGUGCUCGGAGAAGAAGUUUCUGCUGCCCAGCCAGUCGUCGAAGCCAGUGCGCGUGUGCGAGUUCUGCUAUGACCAGCUUUCUGUGGGACAGCCGGGGGUUCCCGGUGGCCUCUCUGCCCGCUCAGACUCCUACAGCCUCAGCUCAAACAAAUUCUGUGGCAACAAUAUGUCUGACGAUGAGGAUGAAGACGACAGCAGUGAUUGAGGACUUCCUGCACUUUCCUCACCUUCUGGGACAGUAAAAUAAGAUCUUUCUUUUUUUUUAUUUUUUUAUUUCUCUUUCCCCAAUGGGCUUGAAAUUAGCAAAGCAUGCAGGUGCACUAGUAAGGUGUGUGUGUGCGUUUGCCUUUUCUCUUCAUUUGAUCUUUUGAAUCCUGAGAUCCAUAAAUACCCUUAGUCCCCCAGGCCUUAUGAGGAUGGUGAUAACCUGCAGGUGAGUGAGUAGCUGUGAGUAGUAGUGUAACCCACCCUUCCAACCCAAAUCUCACUGCCUCCGAUUCUGCCUGAGUUUAGUGUUUCUCUUGUCACUCUUCAGUUUGAGGAACUUAAGGCUGGGUUUUAAAACCCAGCCCUUCAGCAUGUGCUCUGUUCUCUUUUGCUAAUUUCCAGUUCUGGUGUCAGCUGCUUUUGUAAUGAAUUUAUAUCUUCUGAACUCCUUUUCCUAGCCAUAUAUUUUUCUACCAAUGAACCUUAAAGCAUGUGUCUGCCUCAGUGCUGGUGUUUCUACAGGGAUAUGAACAUUGGUACCCUCUUGACAAAAGGCAUUUCUGUUGUAAAGCUUUCAGGCAAAGUGUAAAUUUUUAUUCACAAUUUUUUUCUACCCUUUAUACACAGCUUUUUACAAUCUUAUGUUUGGUAUAUAAUGAUCCACUCUGUAAUUAACAAAUCAAAUGAAUAUGCAAGUCAUGGAUGGUAAAUCUAAUUUUCUUGAAAUGUGACUGCAUGUUGUAUGCAUAUCUGAUCUGUAUUGCUCAUGACAAAUCAGGCAGAGGCUUCUCAAAACUUGCAAAAUUCUGAAGCGCUGUUGGAAAAAGCAGUUGCUCACAUAAGUCUUUUCAUAAGUCUUAAUCACCGCUGUGCCUUAGGAUUAACAUAUAAAUUCAGCCUGUCAAGAAAACGCUAUGUAGUUUCAGUGAAAGGACAAAGUAAGGUUGUACUGUACUUCAGAGACGUAAAUGAAUAAGCAGAUGAACCACAUUACAAAUUGAACUGACAUUGUAAUGUAUAGCAUUUUAGGGAGUGUGUGUGUGAGAGAGAGAGAGCCAUUAAAAUGGUGCAUCUAAUUUUUUUAUGUGAAAUAUAUAAAAAAAUAGCUCUUAGUUUCCUACUUGCAUGCAGUUUCACAAUCUCAAAUACUCUAUUCAAUCAAAAUCAAUAUAUUGUAUGGGAGUUCUACAGAAGGCUCUUGACACUGGUCUUCAUGUCCAUUGAAAGUGAAAGAACUCUUGUGAAAUUCUGAUUGAGUGGCAACAGGGGGGUUGGAUGGCUCAAAGUACAGUUAGUGCUAAAGUGGAGCCACCUGAUGUUGAAAUAAGCUGAUGAAGCCUAGAUAGAUCUCUGGGUGCUGAGAGGAGGGAAAGCCAUGAGCAGCACUCACCAGACGGCCACAGACAUAAUAGGCCUGCUGUGUGAGCUUGUGGUCUGUGACCUUGACCUGGCAUGUUUGGUGCCGCUAAAUGCUGAGGUACUCAUGGAAGGUUCCUGUUUUUGGGAGUAAUGCUGAGUAUCGUAACAGGAAGUGUGCUGUGGCAUGAAAUGAAAGAGGGAAGCAGGCUCAGUCUACCUUACUCCACAGCCGCCAGUUCUGUCUGAAAUGCACCAAUCUCCUGGUUUGAUCUUGACGAGUGUCUGCCACAGUAUUGCUUUGGAGCACUUGAGUGUUUCUUUUAGCCUGCCCGAUAGAUUACAGGCAUUAUAUUUUGUGAUUUUGACUAAAACAGUCCCCAUAAGCACAGGUGUUAUCUUCUUAAAUUGUUUGCUUGAAGGGCAGACAUGACUCAUUUUAAAAAGGGACUUCUGUGUUCUUCCCAUUGAGUGCUGUGCUGUGCUGUACUGUAGCAUAAAGACAUCUAAUGUUCAGCAAUACUUUUCCCUCAAAUGAGCACUUAACUAUUUCCCCUCCUCCCAACCACAUUUCAUUUGAUGUGUUGUGAUUACUCUUUGUAGAGGAUAAACAACAAUGCAUUCUGUAAUAGCAAAGAGGAUUAAAAUGCUCUCUCAAGUUUCCCACCCUUAUUCAGUACUUAUGAGGGUUCAGCUUUCUGGGCCAAAAAAAAAAAAAACUGACUGUUUUUUGUCAGGGUCUCUGUUGUGCCUCAGUUCAUGUCCCAUACUGUACACUCUGAUCCCGUAACAGUGUUUUCCAAUCCGGUCCUCGGGGACCUGCAGACAGUCCGUGUUCUGCAGACAGUCCGUGUUCUGCAGACAGUCCGUGUUCUGCAGACAGUCCGUGUUCUGCAGACAGCCCGUGUUCUGCAGACAGCCCGUGUUCUGCAGACAGCCCGUGUUCUGCAGACAGCCCGUGUUCUGCAGACAGCCCGUGUUCUGCAGACAGUCUGUGUGCUUCCUCCCAGCUCCCAAAAACGUGGGUCCUCAAGGACUGGCUUGGGAAAUGCUGCCCUAACUAUUACCCACGUGCCUGGGGGAUCAGCAAGCAGCCCUCCACAUAGCUGCACCCCGUCUUUCAGCUAAGUGUCUGGGGUAGAUUUUAGAGAAUCUCAGUCUAGUUUACAGUUAAUUAGAAAUUUGUUGGUGCCCCUAUUUGAGAUUUUCCAACCAAUUGUUUCUUAAUUGUCUGUUUUUCUUUUUCCUGUCUAUCGUCUGUCUUUACUGCUUGUUUAAAAGCUAAAAUGUUUCAAAAGGGCUUAAACCUGAAUGUAACCUAGCAUAAUUCUUAGUUGCUAAUUUUCUGAGGAAAUAUAUUUGUGUUGCUCCAGUUUUUGUCUUUGUGUUUUGUCCUGGCUGGGUGAAGCUGAGGAAUGAGAUUUGUGUUCACAGUGAACAGCAGCUGAGCCAGUAAAUACUGGAAUGGCUGACCCUGGGCCAAGGUGCAUAACCGUCUUUAUUAAAUAAAUGACAUCCUGAUGACACUAUGGGUCUUUUAACAAUACAGAGAACACUUGUCAUGUCUGUGGAAGAGAAAUACUUCUACAAAUGCAGUGUAUGUGUAAACAAUGCAAGGGCACACCUUUCUACACAUCCCACAGCUGGGUCAAAGAUUGUGAUCCUUUUUCAGGAUUGGCCUGUCAGUGAUUCACCAGCGAUACAGCAAUAAAGUGGCUGGGUUUUGCAUUC